GGUUGAUUAAGUAUAAUGACUCAGACACUCUCCAAUCACCAUGCUAAGGGCGUGGUUAAAGGAGCCGACAGCUCUCAGAAGCCUGGGGCCUGGGCCCGGUGCCGGAAGCUACCUAUUUGGUGCCGAGUUCCACCGGAUUCUGAGGCCGCGAUGACUUCUGCACUGACCCAGGGGCUGGAGCGGAUCCCAGACCAACUGGGCUACCUGGUGCUGAGCGAAGGUGCAGUGCUGGCGUCGUCUGGGGAUCUCGAGAAUGACGAGCAGGCAGCCAGUGCCAUCUCUGAGCUGGUCAGCACAGCUUGCGGUUUCCGGCUGCACCACGGCAUGAAUGUCCCCUUCAAGCGCCUGUCUGUGGUCUUUGGAGAACAUACGCUGCUGGUAACUGUGUCAGGACAGAGGGUGUUUGUGGUGAAGAGGCAGAACCGAGGCCGGGAACCCAUUGACGUCUGAGCCUGCCGGAGGGCCAGGGUUGGAGCAGUGGAGCGGCUCCCUGGGUCUCUACGAUGAGGAGGAGCACAGGUCCCCCACCCUUUGCUUGGCUCGCUGCUGGAACCAGGCCUCAGAGUCGUCCACCUUUAUCUGAAGGGUAGAGACUUGGGGGUUUUGCGCUAUGAUAAGGAGAACUUGAGCAAGGGACCCCCUUCUUCCUUCCCUCCUCCCCCCUAAUAAACAUGAAUCCGAUGUGA